CGGGAAGACUUUCGAGGAUUGGAAUAUAAGAGUCUCAGGAAGUACUGAGCCCCAGCGCUCCAGGACAGGAUGUAUCCUCUCGACAUGGCCACCUCCCCUCAGCCACUCACCACCAAGGACGCCAGUUCCGAGAACAGCAGCGCCUUCUAUGACUAUGAGUACUACUUGGACCAAGCGGCCUUCAUGCCCUGCAUGAAGGACGAGGUGCUGGCCUUUGCCAAAGUCUUCCUGCCGGUCUUCUACAGCCUGGUCUUUGUGCUGGGCCUGAGCGGGAACCUCCUUCUCCUAGUGGUCUUGCUCCGGUACGUGCCUCGCAGGAGGAUGACGGAGGUCUACCUGCUGAAUCUGGCCAUCUCCAACCUCCUGUUUGUGGUGACCCUGCCCUUCUGGAUCAUCACUGUGGCCUGGCAUUGGGUCUUCGGGAAUUUCUUGUGCAAGAUGGUGAGCACUCUCUAUACCAUCAACCUCUACAGUGGCAUCUUCUUCAUUAGCUGCAUGAGCCUGGACAAGUACCUGCAGAUCGUCCAUGCUCAGCCCCACCACAGGCUGAGGACCCGGGCCAAGCGCUGGCUCCUCGCUGUCAUAGUGUGGGCUGUGGCCCUGGCUGUCUCCAUCCCUGACAUGGUCUUUGUGCGGAUCCAUGAAAACCAUGAGGGUGUGUGGAACUGCCAUGCGGAUUUCGGGGGGCAUGGGACCAUCUGGAAGCUCAUACUCCGCUUCCAGCAGAACAUCCUGGGGUUUAUCCUUCCACUCUUUGCCAUGAUCUUCUUCUACUCCCGCAUCGGCUCUGCCGUCGUCAGGCUGAAGCCCCCAGGCCAGGGCCGGGCUCUAAAGGUAGCCGUCGCCCUCGUGGUGGCCUUCUUCGUGCUGUGGUUCCCGUACAACCUCACCUUGUUUCUGCACUCGCUCAUGGACCUGAAAGUCUUUGGGGACUGCGAGACCAGCAAUUACCUGGAUUAUGCGCUGCAGGUCACAGAGAGCAUCGCCUUCCUUCACUGCUGCAUCACACCCAUCCUCUACGGCUUCUCCAUCCGCUGCUUCUGCCAGUACCUAAAGGCUCUCUUGGCCGAGUUGUUUGGACGGCGCCAGGGACCAUGCCCUGCCCAGGCCCCGCUGUCCAGCUGUUGUGAGAGUAGCAGCCUCACUGUCCAAGAAAUGACCAGCAUGAAAGACCUUGAGGAGGGGCAGUCUGAGGACUCCCCCAACAAGGGGGCUGUCGGGGGACAUAAAGCCUCAGCGGCCAUGCCACAGUCCGGUGAGAGCAGAGGGGACCCAGCUCAGCUGGGCAUCCACCCAACCUCUUCUCUCCAAGGGCCCCAGUGACCACGUUGCUCAGCCCAGAGCUCGGUUCUCAGUUCUCAACCCUCAGCAGCACCCGCUCACUCCUUCCAGAACAUCAUACUCCCUGAUCUGCUGCAGUGGUUGCCCAACUGACCUCUGUGUCCUAUUGUCACCGUCUCCGAUCAUCUAAUCUGCACCCAGCAGCCAGAGUGAUUGCAACAUCUUCGGCCUUCAUUGCCAUCUCCCUCCCAGAAGCCUGAGGCCACCCACCCACCAGGCUGCUCCUGGCCCUCUAGUUCAGCUGGGGAAAUACUGGUGUUGUUUUGUUUAAUGUUGCAACCUUGGUGGUGGCUCCAGAGCCUGGCAAUCCGGAGGCUCUGGAGAUGCAGCACCUGGGAACCUGCUGAGGGGGAAAGGCAGGCGUGGCUCAGUCCAGGAGAAGGGCUGCCCACCCUCCACCCUGGGAAGUGUGGCGAGGGCAUUCGCAGCAGUUACUACCUAGGAAAACAUCUCUUUUCUUCCUGGGGUGCCUGGAAUUGCACCAUUGGCACGUCAUUCCUGACUGGCUUUGUUACAAGCUUUCCUCAGAGAAUACACAUAGUGGGCUUUUCUCUGAGGGAGAGAAAAACUGGUGCAGAAAUGAGAACUGCUGGGUCAGGACAGGUCUCAGUCUUCCUACUGCCUCAAGCCUCUGCAAAGAAGGAAGGGGGACCCUUGGAGAGGGUGUCCCCAGCAGUCCCCAUGGGGGGCCAGUGGCGGGCAUUGGCCUGUAAGUGCACUCUCUAAUUCUGGGAACUCACAGCUUCCUGGGAGGCCUGUUGUUACGUGGACGUCCUUGGCUGUGGGAUGGGACACUUGUAUUUACUUCAUACCGAACCACCGAGGCUUCCCUCUGUCCCAGACCCUCAGACAGGUCACAGGAUCCAUGAGGUUCGCUCUCAAUUGAGUCUCUUGGCCGUGACUCAGUGGACCGGAGCCCUCAGCCCUUCCCCAGCCUGUCCACAGGCCAGGCUCCUGGCCCGUGGUCCUUUGGGUGUGGGGGGAAAAGACGGGAUGCAGCACCCAGGUCUGGGCAGGGUCAAGGAGGUAUGUGAAGGCCCUGCCACUUUGCUGCAUUCCACACCUGCGCUGGCACCAGGCCUGGCUAUGUGGGCAGGUUGUUGGGGAGCUCCCCAUGGUCAGCCCCCAGCCUCUCAGCCCCCUUCUCCCUCUCCUGUGCGCCCUACUAACUCUGUAUACUGCUGGCUCCUCAUGGAAUAGGAUGGGAUGUCCCAUCUUCUCCUAACCAGUCAAAGCUCUGUCAGGCUCCAGGUCGGUGUCAUCAUUUGGGGGCAGCUAGACCCAGAGAAAGGCAGGCCCUGACCCAGAGUCACGUAGCUGGUGGGGACAGACUCCUAUUAGUCUAUUAUCUGGGCAAAACUCAGGCAGAACAGGUAACCUCAACAGGAAGGAAGAGGCCAGUCAGGGGUGUGGGGGAGGAGUAGCAGAGAGAAGCCCCACUGGGCGGUCCUUGCAGGGGGUCCAUGCUGCUGAGGCCUCCCUCCACCAGGACCCUACACCAGUUCCCAUGAUCACAGGCCCUGCCAUCAGCCAGCUGCUGCUCUGGCAGCUUCCCCUCCCCCUCUCCCAGCCCUGGUAAGCAUGCCUGGCAACAGGGACUGUCUCUAGUUCAUAUGCCAGAAAACUGAGUGAGGGCACGGAGGGAAGGAAGUGAUUUGAGGACGUGAAGUAAGCCGAGACUGGAAGUCAGGUUUCUAUAAUUUAAUCCAUAUCUGGGGAAUUGGGGGGUCAGAGAUGAGGAAUACGAUACCAAGCCCCAUGGCCUCCAGUGUGGGGAGGGGACAGGAGGAGAAAUCCCGGUCAGACAGCAAGGACACAUAACAGAUGUGCUGUGAUGCAAACAGUACUCGGGGAGCUCCAGUAGCUGGAGGCCAGAGGAUGGGAUGGGACCAGACCUACUUCCCGGAGUAGCCGGCACUGGGGUUGGCAGGACAAGCAAGCAGCUGUGCUUUCUAGACCUAGAGAGUUCCACUAGGGAAAGCUGGUGACGUUGAAUUGCACUGGAUGGACAAUUUGGAGACUAACUGAGGCAAAACUUAAAUAUCAGGUGUGUGAAGGGAAUGGGGAACCAGAAAAUAAAAUAGUGACCAUUAGAGAUGCUUUUAGAAAAAGGUCUCUGGCAGCAGAGUGGGCAGAGGGCCUGGCAGGCCGGGUGUGGAGAGAAAUGCUUGAAUCACUCCUACAUGAAGGCAGCAUUUCUCUACUGGCUGUCCCUGUCUGGUGGCCACUACCCACACGGGCUGUGGAGCACUUGGAAUGGGGCCGGCUUGAACUGAGACGUGUUGGAAGGGUAAAAAGUGCAUACCAGAUUUCUGAACAUACAAUACAACAUACAGAAGAUGUUUUGUAGAAUUGUACCCCUGAAACCUAUAUAUUUUAUUAACCAAUGUCACCCCCCAAAAUUCAAUUUUUUAAAAAGUACAUACCAGGGGGAAAAAAGUACAUACCAGAUUGGAAAACAAUACCAAAAAGAAAUCUAGAAAUAUUCUUUAUAUCGAUUACAUGUUGAAAUGCUAAUAUUUUCGAUAUACUAGUAUGGGGGUAAGUACAAUCAUUAUAUAUAAUAAAGAGGUAAUAUGAAAAUUGACUGUCACUCCAGCACACAAGAUGGCUGCCCCCAUGUGGACACAAGAUGGCCACCACAAGAUGGCUGGCAGGGGAGGGCAGUUGUGGGUGAUCAGGCCAGCAGGAGAGGGCAGUUGGAAGGGACCAGGCCUGAAAGGGAGGGCAGUUGGGGGCAAUCAGGCCUGCAGGGGAGGGCAGUUAGGGGCAACCAGGCCUACAGGAGAGGGCAGUUGGGGGGAACCAGGCCUGCAGGGGAGGGCAGUUGGGAGCGACCAGGCCUGCAGAGGAGGGCAGUUGGGAGAGACAAGGCCUGCAGGGGAGGGCAGUUGGGGGGGAUCAGACCUGCAGGGGAGGGCAGUUAGGGGCAAUCAGGCUGGCAGGGGAGUGGUUAGGGGGUGAUCAGGCUGGCAGGCAGAAAUGGUUAGGGGCAAUCAGGCAGGCAGGCAUGCGAGCGGUUGGGAGCCAGCAGUCCUGAAUUGUGAGAGGGCAGUCGGACAUCCCUUGAGGGGUCCCAGAUUGGAGAGGGUGCAGGCUGGGCUGAGGGACAAGCCCCCCCCCCCCCUGUGCACGAAUUUCGUGCACCGGGCCUCUAGUAUAUCAUAAAAACAAAUUUUACUUGCUUUAUUUUUUUAUUUGUUAUUUUUUAAAUUCUUUAUUGUUUAAAGUAUUACAUGAGUCUCCUUUUCCCCCCAUUGACCUCUCCCAGGCCGCUCCCAACCCCCAGCACAUGCCCUCACCUCCCUACUGUCUGUGUCCAUUGGUUAUGCUCAUAUGCAUGCAUAUAAGUCCUUUGGUUGAUCUUUUACCCCUUCACCCCUUCUUUUAUUUUUAAAAAAUAUGUCAACUAGGAUAUUAAAAAUUACACUUGUGGCUUGC